AUGCCCUCAGCAACAGCUUCUGGUGCUGAUGCCAAGGGGAACGGGACAGCAAAAAAUCGGGAUCAUAAUCAAGGGAACCAAGACAGGACAUACACACUCGAUCAGAAGGCCGCCGUUAUACGUGUACGAAGAUGCCAGCCGACGGCGUUUUACGAAAUUUUGGGCCUGGAGACUGUCAAAACCACGGUCACAGAUACGGAGAUAAAGAAGGCGUAUAGGAAGAUGAGUCUGCUGACGCAUCCGGAUAAGAAUGGACAUGAACACGCAGACGAGGCAUUUAAGAUGGUGAGUAGGGCCUUUGGAGUGCUAGGUGACAAAGAAAAGAGAACGAAAUACGAUAAAUACGGCGGGGAUCCAGAUAGUAGAUUUGGAGGAGGAUCGGCACCGCAGAAUCCGUUCUCCGGAUUUGGUCAACGGGCGUCGAGAGGGCCGGGAGGAGCAGCUGGUGGUGGAUCGAUGUGGGAGGAGGAGAUAAGCCCGGAAGAGAUGUUCCAAAGAUUCUUCAGUGGCGGGAUGGGAGGAGGUGGGUUUGGACCCUUCGGUGGUGGUGGAAUGUUUGAUAAUGGACCGGGAUUUGUCUUCAACUUAAAUGGCGGCCCUGGUGUUAGGGUGCACCAGUUUGGAGGAGCCAGGCCUCGAAGGAGACCGCGAGAUCCGAAUGCGCCAGAAGAACCUGCACCUUCGCUGCAAAGUAUCUUGACGGGGAUUUUACCACUCCUACUCAUUUUCAUUCUGCCGCUGCUAUCCUCUAUCUUCUCCGAUUCGGAUUCGUCAAGCAGAGGCCCUACAAUGAUAUUUGAUGGUCCCGAACCACCACAGACCUUGGCUCGCCAUUCAAGGAACUAUAAAGUCGAAUACUGGGUUAAUCCCGUUGAAGUGGAAAAUUUUACACCUCGAAAUUUCCAAUCACUAGAUCAGAACGCGGAUAUCCAGUAUGUCCAAGAGCUGAGGAUCCACUGUGCCCAAGAGGAGGAGGCUAGGAAUAGGUUGGUCCAAGAGGGCCAGGGAUGGUUCUUCCAAGAUGCAAACAAGAUAAACAAAGCGCGCUCGAUGGAGAUGAGGAACUGCAAGAGGUUAUCGGAAUUAGGGCAGAGAAGGUCUUGA